AUGGCUCCCGUCUCCCGGAGGGGCCUGGCUCCGCUGGCCGCUGUCAGUGGACACUGCCUGUUCAACCUGCGGCCGCUGCUCGGCAAGGAGUACUCCCGGCCGAUCCUGGACGACCUGGACAACUCCGUCGACCUGACGUUCCGGGACGACCUCCUCGGCGAUGUGGUGCGCGUGGCUACGGAAGAGGUGGAGGACCUCCGCCGCAGCGACAGCCAAGCCGGGGCAGAGCAGGACAUCCGGUACACGUCGCGCCUGCACUCCAUGCACCGGCGUCCCCUGCCGGAGGUGAAGAAUGACUCGUACUUCGCUCUGACAGCAGUGCGGGCCACCAAGCUACUUCAGGAAAGGCUGGCAUUGUCCGGGGAGGACGUCAUGUUUCGUCUGCCGCUCUAUGACCUGAGGCUGACCCGGCUCGGCAACCUCUGCCCUCCGCAUCACGGCGUUGAGUACCCCAGCUGCGAUCUCGACAGCAAGUACAGGAGUGUCGACGGCACCUGCAACAACGUCAAGUUCUCGUGGUGGGGCAGUGCCAAGUCGGCUUUUGUGCGGCUACUUCCACCGGACUACGGCGACAGUGAGUGUGCUGUCAAUGACGCAAGGGAAUCAACUUUCCAAAUAUUGAUUGCAAAAUGCUUGGUGCGAAAAAUAAACUUUUGUAACCCCAGCGUGCAACCGAAGUCAACUGACCUGGUGGCGACGCCGUGA